CAUUUAAACGGCUGUUGUUCUGAGAUAUGUGUGAAUCUUCAAACACUGUCUAAACAUGGUAUGCAAAUGUAUUGUGUUGCCAAGAAGUGGAAAACAUACCCAAUAUGACAGACAAGAGCUUCGAGGCAGAAUUCCUGAAGAUGCACAAUGCAUACCGAAGCCAGCAUGGGGCUCCGCCCCUCACUGUGAACCGCACUCUGUGCCGCUCCGCACAGGUAUGGGCGGAGCACCUGCUGUCUAUCAAAACCCUCAAACACAGUGAUGGCAGCUACGGAGAGAACUUGUUCUACACCUUCAGCUCGGGGCCCAAAAAGCUUACAGGCCACGAGGCAGUGGACAGCUGGUACAGUGAAAUCAAGGACUAUCGUUUCAACAGGCCUGGAUUCACCUCUGGCACAGGCCAUUUCACCCAAGUGAUAUGGAAGGAUACCAAGGAGCUUGGGGUUGGCUUGGCCACAGAUGGGGCUAUGACCUUUGUGGUGGGCCAGUAUCUACCAGCGGGCAACAUCAGUAACGCCGGCUACUUUGAGAAGAAUGUCCUACCACCAGGCUCCGCUGUAGACACAAAACCGAUCCCUACUCGUCCAGUGUGUGGAACUGGAACAGCUAGUGGAGAUAUUGGCACAACUCAGCCCCAAAAACCAACUGCUAAGGACAGCUGGUUCCGUGAAAUUAAGGGAUUCCACCCUAGCAAACCUGGACCCAGCUCUGGAGCAGAAAACAUACCCAAUAUGACAGACAAGAGCUUCGAGGCAGAAUUCCUGAAGAUGCACAAUGCAUACCGAAGCCAGCAUGGGGCUCCGCCCCUCACUGUGAACCGCACUCUGUGCCGCUCCGCACAGGUAUGGGCGGAGCACCUGCUGUCUAUCAAAACCCUCAAACACAGUGAUGGCAGCUACGGAGAGAACUUGUUCUACACCUUCAGCUCGGGGCCCAAAAAGCUUACAGGCCACGAGGCAGUGGACAGCUGGUACAGUGAAAUCAAGGACUAUCGUUUCAACAGGCCUGGAUUCACCUCUGGCACAGGCCAUUUCACCCAAGUGAUAUGGAAGGAUACCAAGGAGCUUGGGGUUGGCUUGGCCACAGAUGGGGCUAUGACCUUUGUGGUGGGCCAGUAUCUACCAGCGGGCAACAUCAGUAACGCCGGCUACUUUGAGAAGAAUGUCCUACCACCAGGCUCCGCUGUAGACACAAAACCGAUCCCUACUCGUCCAGUGUGUGGAACUGGAACAGCUAGUGGAGAUAUAAGUCAGCCCCAAAAACCAACUGCUAAGGACAGCUGGUUCAGUGAAAUUAAAGGAUUCCACCCUAGCAAACCUGGACCCAGCUCUGGAGCAGACAAAAACUUGGCUCAAUUCCGUAACCAGCUGCUGGCAGCAGUGAACCGUUACCGUCAGCGACACAGGGUGCAACCUGUGUCACUAUGCCCCACCCUCUCCAAAGAGGCCCAGGAUUGGGCAGCUCACCUGGUGAGCAUUAAGACCCUGAAGAACAGCCAGAAAGGCCAUGGAGAAAGCAUGUCAUACAAAUGGACAUCCACUUUGGCAGCACCCACUGCUGAAGAAGUUGCUGAGUCAUGGUACAAUGAAUGUACAAAGUACAACUUCUCUUCGCCUGGAUUUCAAAACGGAAGUGGUAACUUCACCCAGAUGGUGUGGAAGUCUACAGAGCGUGCUGGAGUUGGACUAGCAACAGAUGGGAAGGGCAUGUUCAUCACUGUAGCCUUUUAUGAGCCAGCUGGAAACAUCAGUAAUCAUGGCUACUUUCAGGACAACGUGAAACCAGCUGAGGCAGGAGCUCGCGGACAUGACUUUAGUUAAAGGCUGCUCAGCAGUACAGAAGAGAGCCCUACAGCUGGGGCUCACAAUCCAAGCACAUCUGGGUCAUGCACCUUUCAUAGCCAGUGGAUCUCUGGAACAAAAUCUUGCUUUUGUAAUUAGUGACAAGAGUUGCACUGCUCCAAUUGCCAUAUUGCCAGAUAUCUGCAUCUGAUUGUACUAAUAUACAUGGAGUUAGACUCAUGCCACAUUAAGAAUCAGUGAGGCAAGGGAAGUACGGGGGAAAGAAAUCAUAAUAAUAAUAACAUUGCUUUACAUGUUAUCUAAAACAUGGACACUCAAACUUGGUGGCUAAUGUCCCAGCUAAAGUGAAGAGUGCCCUCCAACUAAUCAUUGCUGUUGUUAUUGCUGUGCUGAUCUCUGUGGUUAUAGCUGUGUUCCUGAGGGUAGUUUCAGCAAGUGCUGCAUAUUUCCUCUAACAGAUCAGCAGAUGGCACCCUAAAGCUACCACAGGUCCACAUCAAUGUUAGGGGCAAUAAUGCUCAUGUACUCUACAGAUUUUGCCGCUUGUUGCUGUGCACUAUUACGUGUGCACUAUUAAGUAUAUACUUUUGAGUGUGAUAUCAACCAUGCUGUGGAAGUUAUAUACUUCCAUGAUUGUUGCUUUUUUGAUUGAUUGAUUGAUUGAUUGAUUGAUUGAUUGAUUGAUUGAUUGAUUGAUUGAUUAGUUAUGUCAGUAACCACAUGUAAGGUUAUUAGGCCAAAAUGUUCACUUAUAUCCUGAAAAACAUCAAAUGAACAUCAAAUGAACAUCAAUAAAGUUCUGAACUGAACUUG